AUGUUGCGCGAGACCAUGAGAAGCGCAUGCUGCGGGUUUAGUUGCGAGAUGAGGAGGAGUGGCGACGCCGCUUCUCCCAGUGCCGACCGCACGUGGUCAGUGCAGAAGCCCUCGUUCCCCACUGGACUGCCCAGCACUCUGAUUCCUCCCUGGUUCAUGGUCAGCCCGAUCCGCCCCCCGCCUGUUGGCGCUCUCGUCCCCCCGCCCAUCGCACCACGUCCCGCUGGUAACCACGGUGUCCGGCCUCCCCGGGGCGGUCCCCAGGUUAUUGCCGUUCGUCGUGUCGCGCGGCGGGUGUUGUUCGCGACGGCGUUCGUUGUGUUGGGCGCCACAGCGUGCGCUGUCGUCGCUGGUGUCGCGUUGGGUGCAGGAGCACCCCGGGUGAUUCCUGGCUGGCGGCUUCCAGGAUCGGCCACCUCGCGCACCUCCUGCAGGUUCGACGAUGACGACCGAUGCGCUCGCUCUGAUGGCGAUUGCCCUUGCAGAAGCCAGCCCAGGAGGGGUCCCGGGGAGCCAGGUCCCAGCCCUGCUCCGGGCCGUCUCGGCGCUGGCUGGGCCCGCAGCCUUGUCUUCGACCUCGAACGUGCAGCGCCGGAAGAAGCGCCGCUUGCGAGUCCCGGAGCCUCUCCCUCUGCCUGGCCGUGCUCCUGCCUGCUUACGGCCACGACAGCAGCAGACGUUCCGGCGCAAGCCGCGGCAGUCGUCGCGCCUUCCUCCGCCGGGGCGUCGCCGUGUUCCCCAAUCGCCGUGGACACCGCCGCCGCCAGUGCCGCCGCCGUUACUGGCGCAGGCGACGCAGACAACGCCACCUCAGCGGAUUGCUCAGGGGCCGCGCCCGGCCUCAUCUCCUCAGCCUCUGCCUGUGCAGCCCGAGGGGUGGCAGCGGGUGAAGCUGAGCCGCCGUCAACGGCAGCGGCAGAACCGCCGGCAGGCGCAGGGUCUGCCGCGGUCCCCACUACAGGCCCGUUAGCAUCAGCCACCACAGGCUUCCCCGUCGCAGCUGCCGACACAAUCUCCGCUUCGUCGUUUUCCCCUACCCCUUCGUCCGCAUCAGCUGCGUCCCUCGGUGUCACAUGCUCCCCCGUCGCCGCUCCUGCCCGCUCAGAACCCCCAGGCAGUACCGUCUCCGCCGUCGUUCCAUCGGUACUUGUAUGGCAGCCCCCCUGUGCAGCGCCCAUGGCAGCCGUUGACACCUCCCGUACCACCUCCUCCUCCUGCCGUGGUGCCUGGUGGGCCCCAACCCUCGUCGAGCAACGCGUGAUGCACGUGGGUUCUUGCUUGACACUCCUGUCGUAUGUGCUUGACCAGCUUCACGUGUCCCUGGUGCAGCAAGAGGUGCAGAUCGGGGCGAUGCAGCCAGCAGAGCAAACGGCGGCGGUGGCGGCAGCGGAGGAGUUGAAGCAUUACCUCCCGCUGAUUGGCUUUGUACCGGGCUCCCCCGGAGCUGCCCUUGGGCCCGGUCCUGGUGCUUUGGCGCGGCUUGCCGAGUCUGCCCAGGAGGACCCGCUCGACCUUGUAGCCGCUGCCGCAUCCGUCCUGCGCUGGUUGGACGGGCGGCUUUGCUGGGUCCUGGUUGAGUAG